AUGUCAUCUGAGAACGAAGUCUGCCAGGCUGUCUUGGGCUUCGUUACAGAAGGUGUUUAUCCUGAGGAGAAUGUUGUCGCGGCCGAAUUCCCAGCGACAGCUCUUUCGCAAGAGCUGGAGCUCAUUGCGCAAGCUCGUGAACAGAAUGAAAUCAGCUCCUUGAGUCGCGAGAACACCUUCGAUGCCGACGAGUGGAUCGUCCAAGCAAAGCAACUACAUGCGGAUAUCGAGCGCUCCCGAGUGACAGCGCGGGAAAUUGUCGAGCAGCAUGGGCAGACAGAUUCCAUUCGGUCCAAGGUCGAGGAUGCGAGUGCGAAAGUAGGAUUGAUCGAGACUGAGAUAGCCUUCAACGAGGCCGUGGCAGGUACAUUGGAGGUGGUACAGCGACUAUGCCAGCAAUUGGAAGCUGCACGAGUUUCUCUGGCCAGCGGUGAUAUCACGGCUGCCAUUGAACAGCUGGAGGCUAUCCAGGCAGCUCUCGGGGACAACACUUUCUCCGCCAAUACCAACGUAAUGAGCAUACUGACCCUCGAGGGUUCCCGGUUAAGGCAAGAGAUUGAAGAAGCAGUCCGUCUGCGAUGGUCUCAGCAACUUCAUCUGGACCGUCAAAAAGGAGAACUUCGGAUUGAGAAGGCUCAGGGUUCAGACUCUCUGGAAAGUACCAUUUCGUCUAUUGAAGAACUAGGUACCUUCACGGCCGUCAAUGAGAAGUUCCAGCGAGACCUUAUGACAAUAAUCAUUGAUCCGAUUUUGCUACCUCGCCGUGACGGCAACUGUCAUGCUGUCACCGUCACGGAGGCUGGCAUUCAUCUUGAUUCAGAAUCAUCCAAGGCAGCUGUCGCUGAAACAUUAGAUCGCAUUACCCGAGUCCUGAAUUACUUACGACAGAACUUACCUUCUGCGGUUUCGGAUACCAUUCCUCAGUUUUUUCUCCCAGCUGUUGCUUCAAAGACGAUCUCAGGGUGGCUGUCUCCUGCCAUUCCAACCGACCUCAGUGGUCUCGAUAAAUUCGAGGAAACCCUGGACCUUGUCCUACAGCUUACAAAAACCAUCGAAUCAUGGGGCUGGUCCGGACAUGAAGAGCUUAGCGGCUGGGUUAACCAGGCUGCUCGCUUGUGGCUAGCUAAACGCCGGGUCGACUCGCUUGAUAGUGUGCGCAAAGUCCUUGCGGCAAGCACAGGCAGCACUAAGCAGGUUGAGCGAGUUGAGAAAGAAACUGUUACCCAGGCCGAUGAAGCGCUGUUGGAAAGCACCGCCACAAACGACUGGGAUGCAGACUGGGACGAUGAUAAGGAGGAUCUUACCACCGGAGAAACUGAUACGCAUGCCGAGGAGGACGAAGAAGAUGUCAGCGCCUGGGGCUUGGACGAUGAUGCUCAAGAUGACGCCGACGAUGCCUGGGGAUGGGGCGAAGACGAAGAAGAAGACAGUAAAGAUGAGCAGGCCGAUAAAUCGCAUAAUGCUCCCUUAUCAAAGCCGACCAAGGGAAAGAUCGUUGUGCAGCCGCCCGCAGAAAAAGAGGUGGUGCUGAGAGAGGUUUACACCGUGACCGACAUACCAGAGUCAGUUCUGAGGAUUGUUAAGCAACAGAUUACGGACUCUAAAGACAUUUCCCAGCCACCCCAUUCCACUUCCCGUGUUGCUUCCUCCGGCGCUGGGCUGCUUGCGUUGCCGACAUUGAUUCUGGCUAUGUUCAAAGCCACAUCCUCUUCGUUCUAUUCGCUCAAACUCAACUCUGGGCAGAUGUAUCUCUACAACGACAGCUUGUACCUUGCAGGUCAAGUUCGUGAUUUGAUAGAGGAACAUGACCUCUCCAGACUCAACUCCGAUGUGGAGUCUCUCGAAAAGUUUGGUAAAUUUGCAUACAGUAAGGAAAUGCAAACACAGAGUACUAUUGUCACGGACCUCCUCGAUGGGGCACAAGGUUUUGGACAGUGCUCUGAGCAGCCGUACAGAACAGAGUGCCAGAAUGCCGUGAGCGCCGCUGUUGACCGAAUCCGUGAUGUCUACAAGGAAUGGCAGCCGAUUCUAUCGCAUUCCGCCUUGCUUCAGUCUAUUGGCUCUCUGAUAUCUACUAUGACCAGAAAAGUCAUCAUUGAUGUCGAGGAUCUUGGUGAUAUCAGUGAAGACCAGUCGAAGCAACUCGUCCAGUUCUGUAACCAAGUUUCCAAACUCGAGGACCUUUUUACGCCUGAGACAACAAGCGAUGCCGAUGCUGUACCAGUCACUGCUGUAUAUGUUCCGAACUGGCUUCGAUUCCAGUACCUGAUCAACAUCCUUGAAAGCUCUCUCGCUGAUAUCAAAUUCCUUUGGUUGGAAGGUGAAUUAGGUCUGGAGUUUUCUAUAGACGAGGUGGUCGAUCUCAUUGAGGCUCUGUUUGCCGAGUCUGAUUAUAGGCGUCGGGCUAUUUCAGAAAUUCGCCGAGCUCCAAGAGGAUGA